UAAAACACGUUUUCAUAACAAAUUAAUAAUCAACAAAAAUGUUUUUGCUUAUUAAUUAAUUAUUAUUUGAUUACAACUUUAACUGUUCAUUAAAUAUUUUGAGAACGAUUUAACGUAAAGUACAAUAAUCACGAUGAUGUUAAAAGUUUUAUUUUGCGUGUUUGUGCUCACGGGAAGUGAAUCUUUGUUCGCUAAUGCAUUUCGUGGGCGUCCUUGUUCCGACUGUGUUUCCAUAAGAUCUUGUGAUUCGGCGAUGCAUUACGCUCGUAGACUCCACAAUGGAAUAUUGCCAAAAGAAGACAGGAACACCUUUUUUGGAUCCAUUUGUAAGCACGCUAAAAACGAAACAAAGGUGUGCUGCUCCGACUUUCCGGUACUUGAGACAGGAUAUCGUGCUGGAGGCUUUGUUCGAAAAACCCCCGAAGUGGAUCCUAUCGAAACUCAUCCAAAUAUUGCUCUGCUGCCCAGCGAAUGUGGAGACUCCGAUCGCGCACGUAUUAUAAAUGGGAAUAUCGCUCAAUUGUACGAGUUUCCCUGGAUGACACUCAUCGCUUAUAACACAAGCAUUGGAAUCCAGUUCCACUGUGCAGGGAGUAUAAUCAACUCGAGAUACAUUUUAACAGCCGCCCAUUGCGUUGCUAAUAUCACACAAUUUAAGAAGAUAGCUGGCGUGCGCAUUGGAGAUCUUGACUAUUAUAAUGAUAAUGACUGUCAAGGGUACUAUCAAGAUAAGAUCUGUGAGAAUAAGAUUCAGGAUAUAGGUGUCGAUGAAAUUAUACCCCAUGAGAGUUUUAACGGGAAAUUACCAAUAGAGGCAGACAUUGCCCUAAUCCGUCUGAAAGAAACCAUUAUCAUGUACAAUAACGCCGCUCCAAUAUGUCUGCCAAGGUAUAGCAACCUGAGGAACGCAAAUCUCGCAGGCAAGGAAGCUACAGUGGCGGGCUGGGGUAUUACGGAAAACAAUACUGCGUCCAGUGUAUUAAUGAAGGUUAAAAUUCCGAUAAAAUCGAGUGAUACCUGCAAUUCUUAUUACAAUAGGUAUGAAAACCAAAAGCCAAUGGAUAAAGCAUUUUGUGCUGGCUCAAUAAUGAAAGACUCCUGCGAGGGUGACUCUGGAGCACCUGUGAUGAUAGAGUCAGACUAUAAUCACACAAGACGUAUAGUUCAGUUUGGUAUCGUAUCUUAUGGGCCCAAGAAAUGUGGCUCAGAAUUCCCCGGUGUGUACACCGAUGUGACAAAGUACAUGGAUUGGAUAUUAGAUAAUAUGAGAGAAUAAGUAUCACACGAUAUUGUGGCUAUUUUUCAAACGUACCAUUAAAAGAAAGCAGAAAGAAAAAAGGUUUUUUUUAUUUUGUCCAGCAUACAUAACAUUUUAUUAAUUAAUAAAACUGAAAUUAAUGCACGAAGUACACCAAAGACAAGUAAAUUAUAAUAAUAGCGACUAAAAGCGAUCUAUGCGAGGCAACCCAGCAAAGAAAAGAAAAAGCAUUUGGAUUGAAAUGUACAAAUGAGGAGAUCCGAGAAGAACUGGUGACACCAACGUAGCUCAACGAGUCGCAAAGCUAAAGUGAAGCUCGGAGCUGGAAUGGCAACCCCACAAGCAGCGUUGGUCGCCCAACAAGGUAAUGAAAACGACAUCAAAUAAAUCACUGAGAACUGCUGAAAAAGCGGCCCAAGAGUGUGGAUUUUGGAACUCCCCACAAAAGUCACUCACUAACUAGCUUCAACCGAUUGAUGUUCAGCAAUGUACGUCAAUUAGUUGAAGUAAUAAUGAUAAAGAUGAUCUUAGAGUGUAAAUUAAUGUAAUUAUUUGUUUUAAUUGCGAUUUCCCGUCCGUCAUAUAAAAUUUAUUUCCUUUACUUUUGUUUAGAUAGCCUAAAAUAGAUCACUUUUAACAAUAAGGUCGCCUUUUGUUUGUUAUAUUUCA